AAUGCCACCCAAGGAACGCAACAUUGCCAUGAUGGGCUAUAGAUCAGUGGGCAAAUCUUCAUUGAGUAUCCAGUUUGUUGAGGGACAAUUUGUGGACUCCUAUGAUCCAACUAUAGAAAAUACAUUUACAAAAGUGACACGUGUUAAUUCACAAGAUUAUGGCGUUAAACUUGUGGACACCGCCGGCCAGGAUGAAUAUAGUAUAUUUCCAGUACAAUAUAGUAUGGAUUUUCAUGGUUAUGUUUUGGUCUAUUCGAUAACCAGUCAAAAAUCAUUUGAAGUUAUUAAAAUUAUUUAUGAAAAAUUAUUAGAUGUUAUGGGCAAGAAAUAUGUACCUGUUGUGUUGGUAGGCAAUAAAACUGAUUUACAUCAAGAACGUACCGUAUCCACAGAGGAGGGUAGAAAAUUGGCCGAAUCGUGGCGUGCUGCAUUUUUAGAAACUUCUGCUAAACAAAAUGAGUCUGUGGCUGAUAUUUUCCAUCAGCUGUUAUUAUUAAUCGAAAAUGAAAAUGGCAAUCCCCAAGAAAAGAGCAGCUGUAUAAUUUCGUGAGUUGUUACCAUA